UUCGCCUCAAGCCGCUCCCUGGACCCCGCAGCCGAAGCGGCACUGUAUGCAGCUAGGGAGCGGUAACACAACGUGGACCGACCGGCUCAACAACUAAAUGCACUCCUUCACCAGACAUACAGGUCACGAGAGGAAAAGCAAGCUGCUAGCUCCACAACAAAGCGGCAUUAUCAUACUGUGGUCUCUAUAAAAUAGCCUCCAAGAGCUGCAUCUUUCACUCGGGUGUCAGAUCCAACCACGACAGAAGAUGAAGACCUUUCUGCUUGCCUCAUUCGGGGCUUUCGCUGCCAGUGUCUACGCCCAGGAAGCCUUUGAGUCUCCUAAAUUCAAUGCCACCGAGGCCCUCAUCGCCAACGGAGUCAACGUGUCGGCGAUUCCUGAUCUGGCUGCCGCAUCGAAGAAAUACUCCCUUUCACGCCCAUGUGCAGCAGCUUGCGGCUCCCUGGAAAUCAUCUUUGGAGAAAAGGUCCUCACCACCGGGUCCGACCCGUACGACGCAUUCAGUGAUAGCUACUGGUCUACCCAAGCAUCCAUGGUCGAACCCGCUUGUGUUUUCGUACCUACAGAAGCCAAGGAUGUGUCGAUCAUGGUGUUAAUAUCUCGAGUUACCCAGUGUCCGUUUGCAGUAAAGGGCGGUGGACACACUGCAUUCGCUGGUGCUGCCAGCAUUGAAGAUGGCAUCACUGUCUCCAUGGAGGCUAUGAACGAAAUCAGGCUUUCCCGGACUAAGAAGACGGUGUUUGUCGGUCCUGGAAACCGAUGGGGAGCUAUCUACGAAAAGCUUCAAGAGGACAACCUUGCCGUGAUAGGGGGCCGCGCAUCCGACGUGGGCCUUGGCCUUGUUCUCGGCGGUGGUAUCAGCCACCAUUCCAAUAUCUACGGAUACGCUUGCGACAAUGUGGCUUCCUUUGAAGUCGUCACCGCGUCUGGUGUCAUUGUCGAGGCCACUCCGACCCAUUUCCCCGACCUUUACUGGGCGCUUCGUGGAGGCGGCAACAACUUUGGCGUUGUUACGCAAUUCGAGUUGGAGACGGUUCCUCAGGGCAUGAUGUGGGGCGGUGUUCGAGAUUACCUGCCAUCCGAUUACCUCUAUCUUAUGGAGGCCUUUGUAGCAAUGGCCGAGGAUGCUGUCAAAGACCCCAAAUCUUCUCAGAUCCUGGCCUUCUCCCAGACAGCCGGCACCGAAGCUGCAUCGCUGCAACUCGAGUACCUCAAGCCCGUUAACGAGGACAAACCCCCAGCCAUCCUGAAGAACUACCUCAAUAUCCCUGCGGCCCAGUCUACCAGCAAGAACCGAACUCUAGCAGACGACAGCCUUAUGCUGACGGAGCAGAUGCCCAGCGGCCACCGCUACAUGUUCUGGGCCGCGACCUACAAGCUCGACACGGAUUUCAUGGCCUGGCUCCAGACACGCCACCGCAAGGAUGUACUUUUCCUACCGGACCACGGCUCAUUGAGCUUCCAAGCCUUCACCGUGCCCGCCAUGGAGCAGAUGAGCAAAAAGGGCGGCAACGCGCUUGGCAUUUCGCCUACCGACGGACCCCUCAUGCACAUCCUCAUCUACAUGGUAUGGGACGACGAGACCAAAGACAAAGAAUUCCAACAAGCCGCCCAGGACUUUCUCAAAGCAGCAAAAGCCGAAGCAAAAAAGCGCGCCUUGCACCACGACUUCAUCUACCUCAACUACGCGAGCCCCUACCAGAACGUCAUCCCCAGCUACGGCAAAGACAAGCAUGCAAAGCUCCUGGCUGUUUCCAAGAAAUACGAUCCAAAGGCCGUAUUCCAGAAGCUGCAGCCUGGUGGCUUCAAGCUCGAUGGCGCGCCGUACGGUGAGACCAUCUAGAAAGGGGGGAAUGUUUUUGUUUAAUUAUCUUAUAUCCCCAAAAUGCGGGGUCAUGUGUGUGUGUGUGUACCCAGAUACAUACAUACAUACAUAUACAUGUAGUAUUCAUAAUGCCAAUAGAUUUCGGUUUGUAGUCUUACGUCGCAUGUGUAUGAAGACGAAGACGAAGACGAAGAUGAAGAAGAUAAUAACACAACCACGACUUCCAUUUCCAUCCCGCCACCCAC